GAAGCAGAAAGCUGCAAUUAAAAAGGCUUUGUCAAGGCAACGGCAAAUUAGCACCGGCAGCCACCAGAAUGAACACCCGUCUGAGGAGAAAAUCGCCACCACUGGAGAUGGCAGAGGCUGAACUGCAGAAGCAAAGACUCCAAGCCAUAGCAGAGAAAAGGCGGAGACAGACAGAAAUAGAAGACAAGAGACACCAGCUUGAGGAUAAGAUACUUCAGCUUCAGCAUCAUAAGUCCAAAGCCAUGAGAGAGAGAUGGCUGCUGCAAGGAAUCCCUGCUAUGUCAGCCGAAGAAGAAGACGCCAGGAGUAAGCAGCUCCAGUCGGAUGAGAACAAGGCAAAGAAGCUGGAGGAAGCCAUCGGCAGGCUCGAGGUGGAAAUAGAACAACUGGAGAGAGAAGAAUCCCAAAUUGCUGCCAAGGAGCAAAUCCUUCGGGAAAAGCUGCAGGAAGCUGAGAAAUCUAUCGAGGACUUGCAGAAGGGUUUCUCCACUCCUGAUGGAGCAAUGUAUGCCAUGGAAUUCAACGUACAGAAGGACAAACUGACAGGAGAAACGAAGAUCCUCUCCACAGCUCCCUUGAGUCCUGAGGAAGUUCACCACAGAGGGGUUAAGGUGUAUGAUGAUGGCAGCAAGGUUGUAUAUGAGGUAUGUUCUGGAGGUACAGUGGUGGAGAAUGGAGUUCAUCACUUAAGCACAUCUGAAGUGGACCAGUUGAUACACAAAGCGGGGAGAAUAAAUGUGAGUGGUAACAAGUGUUUGUCAGAAUCACUGACUGUAUCGGAGAGUAGUGCAUCCCCUGACAACACAAGGAGCCCCGGAGAUAGUGGACAUAAGAAAGACAUGGUCCACAAGGAAGCUAAGCUGGAAAUGGUCCCUAAAGCUCAUCAUCCAGGUCACGUGGGGAAAACAAUCCAUCAGAUUCCUACCGGAGCGGCUCCCAAGGCCAGUGCUGAGCAUCCGGUGACAAUGAUCUUCAUGGGGUAUCAGAAUGUGGAGGACGAGGAGGAAACAAACAAAUUGCUGGGCUACGAGGGUGCCAUCCAAGCAGAGCUGGUGCUGAUCGAUGAAGACGAUGAGAAGUCACUACGAGAGAAGACGGUGACGGACAUCUCGACGGUAGAUGGCAACGCAGCCGAACUGGUGGCUGGCAAGUCCAUGACCGAGGCUUCGGAGACACUCUCAGCGGAAGAGAAUGAAGGGACGGACACUGGAACAGAGCCAGUCACAGGUACAGACAAGAAAAAGCGUUGUAAGUGCUGUACUAUCAUGUGA